AUAGCAUAUUGGGGUUCUUUAUAACCUUCCUGCUGUCCUGCAUCGCACUAGACGAGGCUCCUAAAACUUGCGUUUUACUAACGCUUUUUUUUAAAUUCCAACAUCGCCUGAAUCUCGGUUAGCUGCUAGCUACAAACCUUACCUCCAUUAACAAUGGCGGAUCCUGAACUGGAAGCUAUCAGACAAAGAAGAAUGCAGGAGCUGAUGGCACAACGUGGCGGAGGUGGUUCGGGAAGUCAGCAGAACCCUGAACAACAGAAGGCUCAAGAAGAGGCAAAAUUGGAAGCUGAAGAACGAAGGCAGAUGAUGCUUGCUCAGAUUCUUUCCAGCGAAGCACGUGAAAGACUUUCUCGGAUUGCUCUGGUUAAGCCUGAAAAGGCUAGAGGAGUAGAGGAUGUUAUAUUAAGAGCUGCUCAGAUGGGUCAAAUUGUUGAAAAGGUUUCAGAGGAAAAACUUAUAUCACUGUUGGAGCAAAUUAAUACUCAGACAGUUAAGCAAACCAAAGUGACUAUCCAGAGGCGCCGAAGUGUUCUCGACGAUGAUGAUUAGAUUCAUUGCUGCUAAAGAACUGCUAGUUCUAAAGACCUACUUAGUGCUUGCAAGAUUUCUUUGAUUUUGAAUCGUGUAACUAUGCUGAGUAGAAAAAACCUGGCUUGUUUAUGUAUUUGAUUGCUAUGAUAGCAGUUGGUUAUUGCUGUUUAACAUAAAUUUAAGACAUUACCCGCUUUUCUUGAAGUGGGAUGUACAUUUGGAGAAGAGGCCAUUGUUUUUGUCAUGUGUAUACUGUCAUGAAACGAUGAUCCGUUUAUUCUGUAUGAGAUUGAGACCACCUCUAAUUAAUAUGGGUCAAAGUUUCCUA